AUGCGGGAAAUCUGCCACUUACAAACUGGCCAGUGUGGCAAUCAAGUCGGCGCCAAAUUCUGGGAAGUGAUAUCCGACGAGCACGGCGUUGAUCCAACCGGAACGUAUAAAGGGAGUUCCGAUUUGCAGUUGGAACGGAUAAAUGUCUACUACACCGAGGCGCUUGGCGGAAAGUACGUGCCACGAGCAGUACUCGUGGAUUUGGAACCCGGUAGCUUGGACACGGUGAGGUCGGGUCCGUACGGUCAGUUAUUCCGACCGGAUAACUUCGUUUUCGGACAAUCUGGUGCGGGCAACAACUGGGCAAAGGGGCAUUAUGCCGAAGGUGCCGAAUUGAUGGAUUCUGUGUUCGACGUAAUCAGGAAAGAAGUCGAAGAUUGCGAUUGUCUCCAAGGGUUCCAAAUGACCCAUUCGCUGGGUGGCGGUACUGGUGCCGGGAUGGGUACGCUUAUGAUAGCAAAAAUCCGCGAAGAGUACCCGGACCGCAUGAUUUCCACGUUCAGCAUCGUCCCAUCGCCAAAGGUAUCCGACACCGUCGUGGAACCUUAUAACAUGACGCUGUCCGUACACCAGCUGAUAGAGAACGCCGACCAGACGUACUGCAUCGACAACGAGGCGCUGUACGACAUUUGUUUCCGGACGCUGAAGCUGAACACGCCCACGUACGGCGAUCUGAACCAUCUGGUGUCGGCGGUCAUGUGCGGCGUGACCACGUGCUUCCGGUUUCCCGGACAACUGAACACCGACCUCCGGAAGCUGUCGGUCAACAUGGUGCCGUUCCCGCGGCUGCACUUCUUCAUCACCGGGUUCGCGCCGCUCACGUCCCGCGGCGGUCAGCCGUACAGGGCGCUGUCCGUGCCGCAACUCGUCCAGCAGAUGUUCGACACCAAGAACAUGAUGGCCGCGUGCGACCCCCGGAACGGCCGGUACCUGACCGCCGCGUGUAUAUUCCGCGGCCGCACGUCCAUGAAGGAGGUGGACGAGCAGAUGCUCAACGUGCAGACGAAAAACUCGAGUAACUUCGUCGAGUGGAUACCGAACAACACCAAGACGGCCGUGUGCGACAUACCGCCCAGGGGCUUCAAGAUGUCGGGCACGUUCGUCGGCAACACGACCGCCAUCCAGGAGAUGUUCAAACGGGUGUCCGUGCAGUUCACCGCCAUGUUCCGGCGGAAGGCGUUCUUGCACUGGUACACGGGCGAAGGCAUGGACGAGAUGGAGUUCGUCGAGUCCGAGGCCGACAUGCACGACCUGGUGUCCGAGUACCAGCUGUACCAGGAGGCGACCGUCGAAGAACUGGACAUCGAAGACGAAGAAUAAUGAACGUCGUUGUAGGCGUGUUGUGUUACUGCGUCUUGGCGUGUGACAGACGUAAAAUACAUUAUGCUACAAUUUUACCACCGCUAUUAUUGAUAUAUUACCUAUUUACCUGCUACAGCACAGUUGACAGACGACAGUUACAGACCGUAUAAUGGUUCUGUAUAUACUGUACGCUUACAAUAUAUAUAUAUAUAUAUAUAUAUAUACUGGACGACGAUAAUUCGCGUCACAUAUUAUUAUAGCACUUGGUGCGCUAUAAUUGUUACAAGUACGAAAACAAAAUCGAUUUUGUCAAAUACUAUAGAUUUGCGUAAAAACUCCUGUUUUACUCAAUAUGUGUUGCUUGUUUUCCCAGAUUAUUUAAAAAAAUACUAAUAUAUUAAUACUUGAAAGUACAAAGGUACAAAUUGAUAUCUGAAACCAACCGCAAAGUUAACAAUCAAACCAUUUUUCGGUUACUUAUCGUGUAUACAGACAAAAAACAAAUAUUUUUAAAAUCAGUAGGUGGGUACAUUCUUUGUUCCGCUCAGUAUCUAAAAAUUA